AAACGUCCGCCCAUUUCGUUUUCUACUGUCCCUCAAACUAAUUUCAGUGUUUCAGUUAGGACUAGCGGGAUUGCCAUGCUGCGGGACCGGUUAAGGCAGAAGACUAAUUACAGCCCGUAGACAACAUACCACACACUCAACAAAUUAUGUGCAGAAAGGAUUCUAAUCUGAAUUUGAGCUUUUGAUGUCCAUUAACGAUCAGCAGACAGACUAUUCCUAUUGAAUGCAGAGCUCCUCCAGCCCAGAGAACCAGUAGACCAGGGGACCUGAACCAGCCCAGCCCCAGGGAGAGACAGCUCAACGGGGGAAGGAAAAGAGGCUAGAGAUUAAGGGAUAAUCCAGGACAUGAUCAUCCCCCUCCGGAGGGGCAUCCCACUUCUUUCCUUCCAAGGAGUCAGACAGACGCUCAGAUUAAUGUUUAAAACGUAUUACCUUAAUUUAUGUUGUCUUUCCUCAAUCUUGGGGAUCAUUCUCAACCUGGAGUGCCGGCCGCUGGAUUAAUUUUAACUCUGAAAACAACGGAUCAGGUGGAGGAGAGGAGAGGAUGAGAACAGCGAAGAGGGAGAGACACUAGAGAGAUACAUACUACAUCAUUGGAUAAACCUGAAACACCAGGCUGUGUCGGAAGGACUGUGGAAAGAGCUAUAGCUACAGGCACAUCUUUCUCUCUCUUGCUGGUUCUCUCAAUUUCUCUGUAUCGGCCUAUAUGAGUGCAGGGGGACAAGCCAGACCCAUGCUGGGCGUGGGCCAAAGGUCCUGUGUUUAGAUCAGGAUUAAAGAGGCACAGAGCCCACACCCUUCUGUUAGCACACCGGGAUGGGUCUGAGCUAGUCUGCGACCCAGAAAUACAUGGUUGACCAAUCGGGAACUUUAUUCAACUUGAAGGUUUCAUAUGAGGUAGUGUGUUUGAAAAAAAAACAAGUUCAUACUCCUUAAUUCACAAACCCGAUUUUGAUUCUUACCGCAAUCUGUUUUUCUUGCUUUCUUUUCUUUCCAGCUUGAACAUUUUAUAUAGGAAGUCUGGUUUAAAGUUUAUAGGGGUUGGGUUUACACUCUCCAUAGAUUAGCACCCUCUCAGCUUCAGAGUCACACCUCAGAGUCUGUCUACCACUCCUAGUCAAGCCCUCACUGGUGGGUGGUUUCCCUGCCCUCUGAAAGUUAGAAGAAGUUAAGGAGAGAAGGCCUGGGACUGUGGUCAGAAGCUAAUUAAAAGGCUGUUUCAGACCUGACGCAAUCCCAGUCCAGGGCUCGGCCGGAGCAACCUUGUGUAGAGCUAGCUGACCGUGCGUGGGAGGUGGAGAGAACUUUGAACACAGCCACAGGACCCUGUCAGGACACUAUUCUAUCAUCGAUUCCCUAUUUUAAAAUAGGGAAUCCAUUACUCUUUUGGCAAAGAAUGAUACAGAACGUAUAUAUUUUUAGUCUCCUGUCAUUGCUGACUCACUCACUGGGAGAUCGCUAGCUAGCUAAGUGAUUUUCUUAUCUGGGUAGUUUCUCUAUCUUUCUCUGUUUUGGCUAAAUGCUGUUUUAUCCUCCAAAACAUAUUUGGUUUAUAAACUACUGCUGGUCAGACCAGAUUGUGAUAAAAGUUACUUUCCCUGCUAAUAGGGCUAAUAAUGUUCUUUCAUUUAGUCAGGACAUGAGGCCAGACAGACAGGACACAGCUUGGAGAGGCGGAGCCCUCCUUCCCCAGCUCUGUUUCUGAGACAGAAAGCAGACUGGAGGUUUUACCAGGCUCCAGUCCAGAGCAGGGACAGACAGGACAGACCUUGUGGUCUAUAUUUACACGGUUCCAGGACGCUGGACUUUGGAACGCGGAAUUCUGUAAACCAACUAAAGUCUAUUGGGGAAAAAAAAGGAUUUAGUUACUUUAUAACUGAAUGUUAUGUAUAUGCCAUAUAAUCCAGAUGGAGCCCACCAGACUACCUAUCAGCUCUUAAUUACAUCAGACUGUGACACUUUCUAGCCAACGGAGUUCAGCCAGUUCACUUAAACAUUUUUUAACUCUGCAAACUCUUUUUGUUGAUCAAUGUUUCCAGUGUUUUAACCAGACACAUUCGCAGUUGGGGCUGGUCUCACUUCUGAGCUGAUGUUUAAUAAACUCAGAGCUGUAAACAACUACACAUAGCAAGCAUCUAGUCAACACUCUCUCUCCUUCUGACCCCAUUCUUACUGCCUGGUUGCUUCCAGGAACUCCUGCAUAGUUUUCUCCUCUAUUUAUCUGGACCCAAUCAAGCUGGAUAUGGAUAACAACAAAUGAGAUUAUAUCCCAUUGUGAGAUUCUGUGGUUCAUUAGUGAGUGGAGACCCAAAACCUGCUCUCAUUGUUCUCAGUACUACAAAGCUAAUACACGUUGAUCAAACGCAAGAGUUCAAAAGGUCUAGAGACAAGAACCUUCCCGGAAGACAGGAACAUACUUUGGACUCUUUUAAAUUUUUUUAACUCCGAAUCUUGUGACAUUAUAAAACAUUCAAAACCCUCCAUUUCAACGAUUGUCUCAAAAUAGUUUUUAGAGGCCAUUGUCCUUGUAAGCUCCAGUAUGAAUCUGGGAGGAAAGCUGUCUGGUCUGAAGGGCCUGGUCUCCCAGUCUCAGGGGAAACGACGGUUCAAAGGUGACCUGACCCUGGACAUGAUCAGCCCUCCGCUCGGUGACUUCCGUCACACCAUGCAUGUCGGCCGCGGCGGGGAUGUGUUUGGAGACACCUCCUUCCUUAGCAACCACGGUGGAACAGCCAAUGGAAAUGGAGACACGGAUUCAAUGACGUCGCCCGACAAUAAAAUUGGGGCGUUCUUCUCCAGGACCCUCCGACACGUUAGGAAGACCCCCGAUAGGCCACGGGGGGAUUCUAAGGACCUCUCCCCCCCGCCUCCCCCUAUUUCCCCCAUCAUCAAGAACGCCAUCUCCCUCCCCCGCUUGGAUGUGGAGCUGUUGAAUGGGGGAUCACCAACCAAAACACUCUUCUCCAGCCCUGCAAAGACACAAGACGAGACCACGUUCUCCUAUGGUCUGGAGUCUGGCUUUGUCACUCUACCCCGCCUUUCCCGGUCAGAACGGCAACAGUCCUCAGGUUCUACUUCCUGUUCUCCAGACGUCCACUGUGUCUCAAUGAUUGAUGCCACAGAUGCCAUCCAGUCAGUGAGCUCUGCCCCAAAUUUGACACUGGACCCUGACUUGAUCCGACCUGCUUCCCUGACCUCACUCACCUCACUCACCUCCUUCACGUUCGACCUCGGGCCAUCCCUCAUGAGCGAGGUCUUUGGCUUGAUUGACAGCCCCAAGAUCCACCUGGAGUCAAGCCACACCUGGGAGGAGCUAGAGCCUAGCUUUGCCUAUGGGGGCUCAGAGAUGGACUCUGCAACCAUCUCAUUGGUGGAUUCACUGUUGAGGGAUGACUGUGGCAGCAGGAAAAGUCCAUAUGGGCUAGACUGGACGGAAGAAGAUGAAGAAGCGGAGGCCAGGAUGAAAGAGUCAAUGAACGGUCAAGUGUCCCCUAAAGAGCUUGCCACCAGCCUGGUGGGGUAUCCAGCCAGGGAGAGGCUGGGGAUGGAGAGUGGAGGGGUUCAGAGUGCUACAGAUGUACUGGCACAGCAUUAUGAGCUUGGGGAGCUCCUAAAGGGACAGCUGCCAAAGAUGAAUGUGGUAGAAGAAAUACUAACCAACCAUCUCAAGAUAAAACCCUCAUCUUACAGCUAUACAGAUGAGGAAGAGGAGAUUAAAGUGUAACCCUCAGAUCUGUUCAAAACAAGACAUUACGUUCCUAAUGUUGGAUAAAUAAAUUUUUGAUCAUGAAUUCAAAUCCAUCCUGUGUGGAUGGUAUAGGACCACAUAGGUCCAUCGUUCCAAAGAGCUUUAAUGUGAAUAUAGAAGAACAUUAACCACAUACUUUAUAUUUCCAAAGGUUAAAUGUAUAGUAUGGAUGUGGACUGUUGUUAAAAGUAUCGAAAGGGAUAACUGAAAUAAUGAUACAGUAAAAAAAAAAAGCUUGAUAUGCUUUAUCACUAGAACCAGUGGCAAGUAAUGGAAAAAUAUGACAAGCAGAUGUGAUAGAAAGCAUGAGAAUGUAUGAGAGAAAGUAGCUGGACAUGCAAAAGCAACAAAGAAGAGAAAAUGCUCCAGAAAAAGACAUGAUUCCCUGAUCUGUCAAAGCAUUUGAGCCAGCGUCCAAGUUUGGAGAAUGUUAACCAAGCUUCAGUCUCUCCAACUA